GCAGUUUUUAACUUUAAUUUUCUCCUGGCUGGACAAAGAAAACAGCUUUUUAAGCAGUUUUCCUCAUCACUUGUGUCUGGAAACAGCAAAAAAAGGCAGCAAAUUGAAGAUAAUUACAAUUUAACCUAAUUCCAUUGAGAAGAUGAGGUUUUAUCUUCUCUGUGUCUUCUGCUUGACGGCUCGUACAGUCUACAGUCAGCUGGAGGGUCUUCCUGGUCCCAAAGGUGAUAAAGGAGAUCCAGGAAUGGCAGGACCCAAGGGAGAUCCAGGUUAUCCUGGAACCCCAGGAUUACCUGGAAUAUGGGGACCAGUUGGAUUUCGUGGACCAUAUGGACCACCUGGACCAGUUUUAAACUGUAAAAGAGACGCCUUUGGUUCAUUUGAAGAGGAUGUUGAAACAUUAAGGAAGACCAUUGCUAAGUUAGAGCUGGCUAUAAACUUUAAGUUUGUGCGGAAGGCUGGUCAGAAAUACUUUGUUUCCAACAAGGAUAACGGUUCGUUCUCAAAGGCCGUUGAGUUCUGCUCCCAACAAGGCCUCGAGCUGGCUCUGCCCCAGAGUGAGGAGGAGAACAGCAAGCUGAAGCAGCUGUUUGAUGAAGUUGAUAAAAAAGCCUGGAUCAAUGUCAAGAAUAAAAAAGCAGAGGGGAAUUUUGAGGCUGACAUGAACAGUCGACCUCUGACUUUUACCAAAUGGGGAGAGUCCCAGCCAGAUAAAUCCAUCCAGGACACUGGCUGCUCCAUGUCAGAUAACGGCAUCUGGCGAGUGACACCUGACUGCUCUCUGAAUGCUUACAUCAUCUGUCAGCUAUAGAAAGCUCCCAUCUGCAAUGCAGUCACUUUUUAUACCUUUGAUUUACUUUAUAUGAAUGUGCUUUACAUUAAACAUUAAAACGUAUUACAGCCAGGUGCAUAAGAAAAUGAACUACAUUAUAAAUAGACA